AUGGCCGUGUUGAGCGGCAAAGGCGGCCCGCUUGAGGUUGAGCAUGAUGAAAAGUCGGUCAAGGGCAAGGCCGUUGUCUCUGGCGAUUACUCCGGCGCUCAAGAAAAGACAGACCCAGCUGAAAUUGCCCUCGUCCGGAAGCUAGAUCGCAAGAUUAUGCCGAUCCUCUGGGCAAUGUAUUUCAUGAACUACCUCGACCGGAAUGCUCUCCCACAAGCUCGAUUGAAUACGCUGGAAGAGGAUCUGAGACUCAAAGGAGUUGAAUACAAUACUGCCAUCUCUAUCCUAUUCGUUGGAUACCUUCUGAUGCAAGUACCCUCAAAUAUGUUUCUUACACGUACGAGACCAUCAAUCUACAUGUCAACAUGUAUGAUUGGUUGGGCCGCUAUCUCUGCUGCCACUGCGGGCGUCAAGAACUACAGUGGUUUGGUCGCCUGCCGAUUUUUCCUUGGAUUUGUGGAAGCACCCUUUUACCCAGGUGCCCUUUAUCUUCUGUCGAUCUUCUACACGCGGAAAGAGCUUGCAACUAGGAUCUCCGUCCUUUACACCGGUCAAGUUGUCAGUACCGGCUGCUCAGGUCUGAUUGCUGCUGCGACUUUCAGUACUUUGGAUCAAGUCAAGGGAAUUGCAGGUUGGAAAUGGCUUUUCAUCAUUGAGGGCUCGGUCACCGCAUUAAUUGCCGUCUUCGGCUUCUUUUUGCUUCCUGACGACCCCUCUGUUACCCGAUGGCUUACCGAGGAUGAGAGACAGCUCGCUGUUGAACGCAUUCGUCGUGACACUGUUGGUAGACAAGAGCGUGGCUCUACCAUGGAUGGUCUCAAGCAGGCUUUGAAAGAUCCCAAAACUUGGCUGUUCUGCGCCUGCCAGAAUUUCCACAUUUCUGCGGUCAGCUUCAAUGCAUACUUCCCGACCCUUGUGCGUACUAUGGGCUUCAAGUCGACUACGGCUCUUCUCCUAACGGCUCCUCCCUACUUCGUCUCCGGUUUUCUUGGUAUUCCAUUCGCAUGGUCGAGCGGAAGAUUAAACGAGAGAACCUGGCACAUCACAGCUGGUCUAUCUCUUGCAGUCGUCGGAUUCGCCAUGACGAUUGGGACUACUAACAACGCCGUCAGAUACGCAGCGACUUUCUUAUAUGCGACAGGUGCCUACUCCGUAGGAUCUCCCAUCUUGGGGUGGGUCAGCGAUACCUUGUCGCAGACGCCUGAGAAGAAAGCUGUUGCAUACUCUUUAGUCAACGUCACAGCCAAUUUGGCGUACAUCUAUUGCGCCUACCUUUGGCCCACGUCGGAUGGGCCCAGGUACAUAAUCGGCUUCUCGUGCAUGAUUGGCUUUGCCGUUGCAAGCAUCAUAUGUGCGUGGGCGAUGAGGUUCUGGUUGAUGAGCAUCAACAGGAAGCUCAGGGAGAGUGAGGAUGAGAACGUGAAGCUCUAUGCUUACUGA